AUGUUGCCAUUUAGGAGAUAUAUAUGUUCAAUAAUUGGAAGGGCUGCUCCAGACUUUACUGCGAAGUGUGUUAUGCCCAAUAAUGAUAUAAAGGAAGUCACUCUUUCUUCAUACUUUGACAAUAAUCAAGUAAAUAAAGAAUCUCUUAGUAAUGAGAAACUUAUCAAAAAUAAACAGAAUGGAAAAUUUGUGUGCCUUUUAUUUUAUCCACUAAACUUUACAUUUGUAUGCCCAACUGAAAUUAUUUCUUUUAGUAGAGCCUCACAAAAAUUUGAAGAAAGAAAUACACAAGUAUUAGGUAUUUCUGUAGACUCUGAAUAUAGCCAUUUAGCAUGGAGAAAUAUCAAGCCUUCUCAGGGGGGUAUUGGAAAUAUUUCUUUUCCAUUAAUAUCUGAUAUUGAUAAGACAAUUUCUAAACGUUAUGGUGUACUUUUCAAGAAUUCUAUUAGUUUAAGAGGAAUAUUUAUCAUUGAUAAUAAUGGUAUAGUUAGAUCUACAAUUAUUAACGAUUUACCUAUUGGAAGAAAUGUAGAAGAGGUUAUUAGGCUUAUUGAUGCUAUUCGUCAUCAUCAAAAAUAUGGUGAAGUAUGCCCAGAAGGGUGGCAAAUAGGUAAGCCUGCCUUUAUAGCUCAGGUAAGUCGUCUAUAUACCUAA